AUUUAAAGACGCGUCUCCGCAAAAGAAGGACGUCGCGUACGCGUCUGUUCAAUCCGAAGCUCCGUCACUCUUCCCAUUUCUUCGACCUCUCCGUACUACGCAGCGGCCGUCUAUAUCUUAUUCAUCCAGCAGACCGGCGCUAUGCGUCCUCCAAAGAUUCGUAUCACAGCCCGAGUGCUCAGACCGCCUGAGCAGCCUACGACCUUCUUGCUCGCAGUCGAAGAGGAUGCCACCUUCCAGCAGGUCUGGAACGCCAUAGAGCAACGUUACAAGGAGAACUAUGGCCACGGACGCAAAAAAGACUGGUUCUUCAAAAAAAUUCAAGACGACAGCGGAGCCGAUAUCGAUAUACGCGACACCGUCAUCGACAUCUUUGGAGCAAUUGAAGAUCCGCACAAGCGCGUAGUCCAGGUCCAGCAGUUGCCUCUCGGUAGAGAUGAUACAGUGCCUUUCGAUUCCCAUCUCCACCCUCCUUUGAUACCGCCCACGCCCGAGGAACUAGACGAGAUGAACAGAAGACGCUCGGAAUUCCGCCGUUAUGGUGCUACACUUGACAAUCUCGACCCAGAUCAUCCAGUAGAGUCACACGAAACCCCUGCAGAGAAGCGCAUAGAUCAAGACGGCUUUGCCAUUCCAGCAAGAAUCAACCGCCCUUCUGUCAGUCACUUUGCUUCUAGCAGCCAGGUCGCUCCAACUAGCAGCCAGGUAGCUCCGAGCUCGCAGCUCAUGUCACAAGACUCGUACGAAGAACAUCUCGUCCGCUCUCCUGAACUUGGCUCUCCGCUCAAGGUCCCUCCCUUUGUUCCACACCUUGAGACUCCACCCAGAGCAGCCAACACCGCAUCGCAAUACUCUACACUCGAUGCUGUCCCGAGCGCCCAAAAACCACCUGUUGUGCUUCAAGCCGAGACUGCCACUAUCACACCCCCGACCAUUGAAACGACACUUGAUGUUACCGAUCCCAUCUCUGAGGACUCUCAGCCACGCCUCAGUAGCACCAACAACCAAAUCCCUGCUCGCUCAUCCGCAUCCAACAAAAGAAAGAGCUUGGACAGCAGUGAAGCCCGCGGAGGCAGCGCUCAGAAAUCAUCAAGUCUUUGGUCAGAAGAGGAGAUAGACUUGGUUAUCGAAGGGCUGGCCAAAGGACUUAGUCCUGCCGACAUCAAGCAGUAUCACCUCCCUGCCCGGACUGUGGAGAGUGUCAGGAAAAAAGCGAAGGCUGUUGGAAAAAAGAAUGCUGCGGCCAUCGAACAACGCAAAGCUAGUAUUGCCGCCACAUGGACCGAAGACGAAGAAGCGUACUUCGUUCGUGCUAUUCGCGACAAUCGUUCCUGGAAAAGCCUCCACGACCUUCGUUUUGUGGACCGAUCCGACGACAGCGUCAAAUUCCAUUUCGUCCAGGUUCGGGAACGCCUGCAAGCAGAGAACAAGGCAAAGAUUGCCCAAGCCCGCCACCAGGAGCAGCUACAACGUGGUCAAGCUUCGACUGGCACGAACGAGAAGUUUGCCCCAGAUGAGGACGACUUCCUCCUGGCUUGCCGAAUUGAGAAUGUUGAGAUGAAGCGUGUGGCUAAAGAGUUCUUUCCUCUCCGUUCCCCAGGUCAGAUUACUAGCAGAGCUAAUAAUCUGUUCCAAGAAGCCAAACGCGCAGCAUCCAAGGCCAACCCCUUGAAUCUUAGAAGGUCCCCCUCUGUGGAAUUCUUGUUCGAGAAUGACGCUGGUACCCUUGACAGGCUUUCAGAGCAGUUGCAGAAAGCUAGAGACUUCAAAAAGAAGUCGAGCGGAGACAGGACUAGAGAUGCUGAAGAGGCUUCACGUCAAAGGUCAAAGAUCAACAGUGACAAGGAAAGGGCCGAUGAGCGAAGGGCGAAAGAAACACGGCAGCUGGAGGUGAUUGAGGCUCUUGAGACUUCUAAGAAACAAGAUGAUCAAGUCAAGCAACGCCGACUCAAUGACGACCUGGAGCGCGAAAACGAUUACAAACAGCAGCUGGCCGCCUGGACCCAGCAGUCAGCGCUUGAUAAAGAGGCCGGCCGCCCAAUUCAACCACGUCCGAGCCGUCCACUGGGUAGCGGUAUCGGAACCGAGGUUUUGACCACCAAUCAGACUCCUCGUCCCUCAUCCGACCAGAAAACUAGCACCGAGUACACCCAUCCCGGAUCAAGCACCAAAUCACCUACCGACCACGGCAAUAAAAGACGACGAUCAUCCGUCGUUGAAGUACAAGUGGUUAUCCCUUGCACUUCGAAGAAGCAGAAGACCAAAGCCACAGCAGAAGCAACCCCUCAAACUAAGCCGCCCGAUGCAAAGGCUGCUAGUACUUCCAAACUCGGAGCAAUCUCGACACCAAAGAGGACUGCUCCCUCGGUAGCACAAUCUGCUAUGGCAAAAAUCACGAGCAUUCGAGGACCCAGCUUCAUGCAUGAUCAGAAAGUCAAUGUACAAGCUUCUGCUAUUGAUCGGAAAUCUGCCUUCGCAUUUGCUUCCAUCUCUGCCACGCAGCCCACCUCUAUGAGAUCAACAAAGGAUGACGCAAAUGACAAUCUUCGCAAUCUGUCAUCGCCAGGCUGGCCUGCAGCUAAGAGCUUGCGCCAGUCGAAAUUGCCCUUCCUACGCAAUGGCCAGCAUGCGCCAAAAUCCUCUGCAAGAAAGUCAAAACCUGUUUCCGCAACACCGCGACCACCAAUCGAUGCUAUCGACGACAGUGUGUUCAUCUCUUCCGAUGAAGAAUCGUCAUAUGAUGACAAGGACCUCACGGAUGAAGCGCUCCAUACAGCCGUUGAAAGAUCCGAGGCUAUGUACAGCAGCAGCCCUACCAAGAGCCCUCAGAAAAAAGGUACCAAGGGAAGCCCGCAUAAACAUCAGAAGUUGGCUUCCCCUGGCGCAAGCGCUUUCAGGAGCAGUCCUCCUGUCGCAUCCAUACCGACGCCCAAAGCUAAGCCUUUGUACGGCAAGGCAGCUCUCGAGUCUAUAUCACAGGCAAGAUUGGCUCGUACGCCAAAAGCACGUCCAACCUCGAUCACGAACGGUCAUAGCCCAGAUCUCAAGCAUAAUGAAGUUCUCGUUCCAUCUUCACAACCUGGUGUUCUAGCAGCGACCCAGGAGGACAUAAACCAUGCGUACAGCAUGCCUGGACUCGAGAUGAGUACAGCAGAACCCGAUGGGCUCAGUGAUCCAGAAGAAGAUGCUUUGAUGCUUGAUGAGGAUCAAAUCGAACAUGCCACCCACUCCACUCCCGUGUUCCCAAGUUCGAGCCCCGAGAUUGGAGCGCAAGAAACAUUUGACGUUGCUUCGUUCGAUGGAGAAGGCGAUACGGACAUGUUGGCUGCCAAUGAUACCCCUGGUCAACUCCCUGUUCAAAGACAUGACGAUGUGCCUCUGCUAGGUGCAGACUUGUGCUCAGAGCAGGGCAAAGGCCCUGCGCGCAAUGAUCCCAACAAUGUGGUCGAGAGUAAGAAGGUGCUCGAAACACAUAAACAUUCAGAUUCAGACGAUGUAGAAUCUAUCAAGUGUUGGCGUAGUGACUCGAUUGAACACAGUCUAAUCUCGGACUACGACGAGAACUACCGCUCUGAUGAUGACGACGACGAAAUGCCGUUUCCCAAGCCUACGCCUCGAAUGUUCGGCCCUUUCAGGAUCUCCAAUACCAAGCGCACUACACAUCUCAAUGCUUCUGUCCAGCCCAACAAGGACACUCAACCGACAGACGUUGCACAAAAGGAGAACGUUCUCGGCGAGAAGACAAAAGACAUCCUGGAUCCUCUUCCAAACACGAGCAUGGCACCUGCUACUCAAAGCAAGGAUGAUCACAUUAACCCAUUCACGUCACCCACAGCUCGCCCUUCGGAAUACUCAUCGGACGUCGAAGAAAGUGGUGGAAGGUCGCGCAGAGGCCAAGGACGUAAAGCUAAAAAGAGACGCAGUCGUAUCCUUGACGAUGCUCAUCUGUUCAGACCGCCACCAUCAACCGCACCUCCUGACAUCUUGACCGGCUUGAGCUCAAGAAAGAAAGGCAAACAGCCCGUGAAGGAUAGUCCAGAGAAGAAGCCAGAAAAUGCGAUCAAGAAAAACCGAGACGCAACUCCGAGACAUGAGAAAGCCGCGGACGUGCCUUCAAGCUCCAAGCAAGAGACGACCCUGAAAAAGACACCCAAAGCUUCCAAACCCUCAAAGGAGAAAAGGCGAUCGCUGGGCCUGGAUGAAUCUUUGAAGAACGUGCUGGAAAAGGGUCAAGCUUUUGGAUCCCAACCUCAGGCUACUCCCGCUUCUGAAAGGCGCAAAGCGAAUAAGCCUGCCUCAACCCAACCUGCCAAGAAGGCUACUCCUGGCGCAAUCCCCGAUAGAGCAGCAUCAAGUCAACCUAAUGCCAAUACGGCCACGGGCCAGCCUAUCAAUGCGAGAGCCUUCGAUUGGGAUAACGCACAGGGCCCCGUUGAACUAAUGCGUCAGGCAGACCAGCGUAUGCGCGAUGCCGCCAAUAUGCGCCCUGAAGAUUUCUGGCGUCAGUCCAAUCUGGUUCAAAUGAAUGAAGAGCAGAUCUUGAGCCAUAUGAUUGAGCAAGGCGUCCAACGAUCAAUGAACCCAGAGCAAUGGGCAAGAGACAAUCCAAUUGCAGCAGCAUUGAUGACCCCGACAGUUCAAAACGAGCCUGCAACACAGCCCGCUGGAACCUCAGCCGGUCGCAUUGCUGCAUUGUCAACUCACUCGAAUGAUGCGGCACCCAGAUCAGCGACGCAGCCAGCCAUGCAGACUCGCAACCAGGAUGAUGACGAUGACACCUCAAUGUCGAGCGACCAGGAUGACAGUGAUGAGGAAGAUGCGGUGGAGGCUAUAGAGAAUAUGGCUAGCAAUGUUAGACGAGAUGAAGCCAGGCGUGAGGAAGCUAGACGUGCUGAGGCCAGACGUGUUGAGGCUAGGCGUGAUGAGGCCAGAAGAAGAGCCGCGGCCGCCUUGCCAAACUGGUAAUGGAACACAUAGUUUGUAGUGACUUAGUAGUUAUUGUAUUAUAGAUAAUAUGAAUAGGCUUCUCCUUAUGUCGCCAUGUCGAUUUAUCGCGGGUCAGUCUCUUUGCCUGGGUUGCGUCCAAUCCAACCAAAGCUGAUUGCGAAGCAUAUCAGUUAGAACGCAC